ACCGCCCUUCUCUGUGUGUUUGGGAGACUGUGGAAGUCGAGGAAAGAACAAUUAUAUUGAGAGUGGCUUUAGAAUUUAGAAAGUAGAGAAGUGUAAGAAGACCAUUGGCACAAAUAGAAAGAAUUUUAUUAUCCCAAAGUAGAAAGCCGCUCAGGAUGUAUUGAUCAGUAUUACUGAUCCUUGAAAAUCACAAGUAGACCCAGACAUGGCCAUGUUCCUCAGGAAAUUCCCUUGUCACUUGGUGACAACGAGGUCAUCAGUGAAGAAUGUGUUUGAAAAGUUAUGUCUUCCGUCAGCUGCAAAACUUCCGAGUUUAGACUUCAGCCCGGAGGUAUCAACACGUAGAACUUUUUCUGCUCUUAACAGACGAACCUGGGAUGUCCAGAGUUUGUCUACAAAUGCCAAGUCUUUUGCGAGUCAAGACACUGCAGUGAAAGAUGAUCGUGGUUAUCUUGUCUACCAAGGUCGUGUGGGUCAUUUAUUCAAAGCACUGAAAAUAUUUUCUUUGACAACAAGUGGCAUUGGUUUAGGUAUCCAGCCCUAUCUUAUCAUGACAUACCAGGACAUGCCUCUGAGUGCAGCCAUUCCGUUCUUCGGAGCAGUCAAUGGAUUCAUCUUCAUGAACCCAAUUCUCAUUCAUUUUGUAGCCAAGAAGUAUGUCUCAGAACUGUAUUUCAACCCUGAGACUAAGGUAUUCACUGCCAUGCUUUUCACAUUUUUUGCAAGGCGAGUGCCUUUCACCUUCACGGCUGCCGAUGUUGAGGUGCCCGAUGUUCCAGGUGUGUUUUCUAUGUUCACUGCCAAGGGACGCCCUUUAUUUGCACACGAAGGUGAUUUUACUAGUCUUCAAGUGUACAAACAUCUGAUGGGCUUUGAUCGACCUCUCGACCUCACAUAUGAUGCUGUGCCAGAAGAAAAGAAGGAUAAUAAGCAUGAAUAGGCUGAACUGUUAUUAUAUUAUUUGUGAUUAAUUGUUAUUUGGCAUGUAGCAUCUCUUGGUGUGAUUCUUGUUAAAUGAGCUCUUUCCUCAAGUAUGGUAUGGUAUGCUUGGCAUAUGUGUAAGUGUAAGCUGUUGAAGCAGAUUCAAACUGGUACAAUUUGUGAACUCUUUAAAAAGACAUGGUCUAGUGAACGUGACAUUUGAUUUUGAGUCAGGGAACAAGGGAAUUUCAUUUUGUACGAGUUUGUGAUUUCAAAAUCAAAGUCGAAGUGGUGUGAAAUGUGUCCAUAGCUCUGUAGGCUACUGUAUGUUACGGAAAAUAAAAAUUUGUGUAAAAUUAAAAUGUAUUUUCACCAC